UCAUUUGUUUGUCGGUCAGUACAGUAAGUACAGUAUUCACGAAAUAGACAAUUAUACUUAUCAUUUAAAUUGUUAGAACCUUUUAAAUUCUGCUGUGUUUGCUUCUGAUACUCAACAAGAUUUGGAAAAAAUAUGGGGACUUCUUCAAGCACGAAUCUAGAACUAGAAUCUGGUCGGGUUGUGAAUGGCUACCAAGUAGAAAGAAUUCUGGGCAUCGGGACAUUUGGUGAUGUAUAUAAAGUACAGAAAAACGGAAAGCAUUUUGCCUUAAAAAGGAUUGAUAAGUCAAAACAACAGUUGGAUUCUGUUAAGAAUGAGAUCCAAUCUCUCCAAAUCGGCGCACACGUGAAUGUUGUGGGGUACAUCGAUAGAUUCCAUGAUAGCGUUUCUUAUAACAUUAUCUUGGAAUACUGUGAAUAUGGCUCUAUAGACGAAUACUUAAGGAGAUGCUGGAACUGCACGUUUGAAAAGAAGCGUAUGGGAUUCAUUCAAAACAUUGCAGAUGGCGUAGCAUAUCUUCAUGAAAACAAUAUUGCACAUCGAGAUUUGAAGCCUGACAACAUUUUGAUCGACAGCCAAGGUGUUGCUAAGAUUGCUGAUUUUGGAUUGGCUAAGGUUUUUGAUUCACCUGAUAUUAGGCAAACAUUGUACACAAAUACACUGGCUGGCACAUAUCCCUACAUGGCUCCUGAGGUAAUAAAUGGUGAAAGCUACACUAUGCAGGCAGACAUUUUCAGUAUGGGACUGAUAUUUUGCUGUAUUUUACAUGACGACAAUAAAAAAUAUGUUGAGGAAGAAAGGAUUGGAUUUAAGAUGAUAAAUAAUCAAAAUUACUAUGUUCAGUUACAUUUACUGAAAGGGAUGCGUAAUAACAUGGUAAAGCUUAUCCUUAAUAUGCUUCAGAAGAAAUACAAAGACAGAGUGAUGGCAAAUUAUAUCAGCGGACGAAUAAAACUAUUUCGUGAAUAUUUAGAUUAACUACCACACGUAGAACACAGCGACUUGCAAGUGGACAUAGGAAACGAUAUCCUAGACUACAAAUAAAAGGAAAUGUUAUUUAUUCUUCUUGUAAAAAUAAUAAUAUGAAAGAAAAUCUUCUGUUAGAAAAAGCUUCUUGAUAUACAGUACAUCCGAAGAUACAAUCUCAAAAAUGCAUGUGGCUGUAAAUAGUACAUUCCUUAGCACAGUUUAGUUAGACUGCUUAAAAUUUGAUUAUAAAAUUAAAAUUUUCACUAUUUACACAAGUGAUUGUAUUGUCAAAAGUAGUAACUGUCACAUAGUCAAAUAUGCUAAUGAUAUGGCCUUAAUUGUUUGUUAAGAAAUAAUACUGAGCAUGUAUAGAAGACUGAAUUUGAUCAACUUAUUACAUGGUGCAGUGAUAAUUAUCUGAAGAUAAAUGCAAAAGACAAAGGAAAUAGUGUGGGAUUUCAGAAAGAGAUCAAAUGACAAACUGCAAUUAUCAAUUGAAGGGAAUUUUAUCGAACAUGUCCAAAAACCUUGGCACUUACUUGGAUGAUAAGUUAAAAUUUGAUAAGAAUAUUGAUCCAAUUGUUAAAAAAGGGAAUCAAAGGCUUUAUUGGUUGAGGAGACUGAAUAAAUUAAAAGUUAGUAAUAUCAUGCUUAAA